AUGCACUCGGAUAGAAGAUCGAAGGCAUAUGAGUUAGGGGUGGAAGCAUUUUUGAACUUUUCUGUAGAAAAUCUUCUAACUACAACACAUAUCCGUUGUCCAUGUGUUAAAUGUGUUAAUUUGAAAUUGUUUGGGGUUGGAAUUAUAAGGGAUCACUUAUACUUUAAUGGAGUUGACCAAAGCUAUAAGAAUUGGACAUUUCACGGAGAACCUUGGGAAGCAACUACUAAUGCUAGUAGAAAUGUUGAAGAAGAUGAUGACCAUAGUAGGUACAGUUUUGUGUCUAAAGAAAUAGAGAUGGAUGAUAAUGAUUUUGGUGAUUUUGGUGAUGAUCCUUAUGAGUUUGCCAUUGUGAUUGGGGAUGGAGAUCAACCAUUGUACCCUGGUUGUAGAAAGUACACCAAGUUAUCGGCAUUAGUGAAGUUGUAUAAUUUGAAGGCAAAACAUUGGAUGGGUGAUGUCUGUUUUACAGAAUUAUUGAUACUUCAAGGUGAUUUGCUUCCAGAAGGAAAUACAGUAUUGGCCUUUAUGAAGGAGUAUGAGGAUUCAACUAAUUGUCCUACUUGUGGUAUCUCAAGGUGGAAGGAAGGCAAAGAUUCAAUCUUGAAAGAAGGUGUGCCAGCGAAGGUGGUGUGGUAUUUUCCUCCAAUUCCAAGGUUUAAAAGGAUGUUUCGAUCACAUGAGACAGCUAAGAGUUUGACUUGGCAUGCUGCUAGAAAAUCAAUUGACGGUCAGAUGUCUCAUCCGGCGGAUUCCCCGUCUUGGAAACUUCUUGAUGAUAAAUGGCCCGAGUUUGGUAAUGAGCCGAGAAACUUGAGAUUGGCUCUUUCAUCUAAUGGAUUCAAUCCCCACAGUUCUCUAAACGUCUACUUGGAGCCUUUGAUUGAUGAUUUUAAAUCUUUGUGGGAUGGGAUUAGAGGAGUGUAUGAUGCACAUAAUGGAGAAUACUUUACACUCAGAGCUGCAUUAAUGUGGACAAUUAAUGAUUUCCCCGCAUAUGGAAACUUAUCUGGUUGUGUUGUUAAAGGAUAUAAAGCUUGUCCAAUAUGCGGCGAUUAUACACCUAGUCACAGGUUGAAAAAUGGCCACAAAAUUUGUUACAUUGGGCAUAGAAAAUGGUUACCAAUCAAUCAUCCAUAUAGGAGGCAACGUGCAGCUUUUAAUGGGAAACCUGAAUAUGACACCCCUCCCGAGCCAUUAACCGGAGAAGAAUUGCUUCAUAUGGUUGAAGAUGGUGACAGAGUUUGUUGGAAGAAGAAAUCAAUAUUUUUUUAUCUCGAGUAUUGGAAAUACCUUCCUGUGAGGCAUGUCCUAGAUGUUAUGCACAUUGAGAAGAAUGUUUGCUAUAGUAUCAUUGGUAUGUUGUUGGAAAUCCCUGAAAAAAAUAAAGAUGGGAUUGUUGCUCGAUUAGAUUUAUUGAACAUAGGGGUCAAAACUGAUUUGCAACCCGAGUAUGGAGAAAGACGUACUCGUUUGCCUCCCGGGCCUUGGAAUUUGUCAAGAGCAGAGAAGAGAGAGGUUUGCAAUUCUUUCUGUGGUAUGAAGGUCCCUGAAGAUUCAAGACUUCUUAGCCUUAAAUCACAUGAUUGUCAUACCAUAAUGCAACAAUUUCUCCCUGUGGCAAUUCGUUCUGUUUUGGAGAAGCCUGCAAGAUAUAUGAAAGUGCUAAAGGGGUAUGUUCAGAAUCGUACUCGUCCCGAAGGUUGCAUUGCUGAGCGGUAUAUAGCUGAAGAAGCUAUAGAGUUUUGUACCGAGCAUUUAUCUGAUGUUAGUACAGUUGGAGUGCCUUCAAGCCAAAAGAUGGGAGUUUCAAAGCCAUUAUCAGGUUGCACAGUGAGCGUAGUUGAUCGGGACCUGUUGAACCAAGCACAUCUAUAUGUCUUGGAGAAUACGGAGGAAGCAACAUAUGACCACAUCAAGACCGCUUAUCCAAAAUUUAGAAAGAGAACAAAGUUGCUGCAGGAUAAGCACAAUAGCACUUUCAUUCAAUGGCUACACUUCAAGGUUCAAAGUGAACUUAAUGAGGAAGACAAUCAUGGCGUAUCAGAAAAUUUAAGGUGGCUAGCAGCUGGUCCAAACAUGGCAGUGCCAUUAUAUAGGAGCUAUCUUAUUAAAGGUGAUGUGAGAAUUGAGUGUGAGCCAUUUACUAGAGGGAUGCCAAAUGUUGACACAUUUGAUGAAGUGGUGGGUGAGUUAGGGAGUCAAAAUAUUCAAGAUGGGUGUGAAGAUAUAUGGAUUGAAUGA